GAGAUUACAGCAAGCAGAAUUAUAAUCAGGUAACACUAUCCGGUAUAUUGAACUUCAUUGAUGGAUUAUGGUCAUGCUGUGGGGAUGAAAGGAUCAUUGUGUUGACAACUAACUACAAGGACAAGUUAGACCCAACACUUAUUAGACCAGGAAGAAUGGACAAGCACAUCCUCAUGUCAUAUUGCACCCCGGGUGGAUUUCGUGUUCUUGCAUCGAACUACCAUGGCCUCAAAGAUCACCCAAAGUUCACGGACAUCGACAAACUCCUAACGGAGGUGAAUGUGACGCCUGCCGAGAUUGCAGAAGAGCUGAUGAAGAGUGAUCAGACAAAUGUUGCAUUGGAUGGUCUCAUUAAGCUUUUGCACAAGAAAAAAAAUGCAUGUGAUGAUUUGAGGGUGGGAGGAGAUAUUGUUACCCACAAUCAGACAGAUAUAUUGGUAGAGAAUAGAGUGGUGGAGGAUGAAGAGUAAGAUGAAUGGAAGUAAUGUAUUAGGAUUUAGCUUGAUUUUAUUAUAUUUGAUUUGUUUUCAUGUAAUCCUAGAAUGGAGUUUCUCUGAAGACAAUUCUAUUCCUAAAAAUAUUGCUGGGAUUAACUGUUGUAGAACAUCAUUGCUCCAAGUCAGGUUCGUUCCUUCAUUUUAAAGCCCCAUGACAUAAAAACUAAAAAGUGAUGAGCACUAAAUAAAGGUAUUCCUCUAGCUUUUGA